AUGUCACUCAUUCCACCGACAUUCCUUUCACUUCAGAAACUGCCCCGAAUCGCCAAAAUUUCUGUUGUAUUACUCUUAUUCAUUUGCAUGAUCUCAAUGUUUGUUGGAGUGAUUUUCAAUCGAAAUUCCUCGUCAUCUACCUUGUUAGCCUCUUCCUCAUCGAGUCAAAUCUUCCACAACUCCGAAUCAAGUAAUGAAUCAUCCACAACACAGAUAUCAUCAAAACCACUCACGUUUUGGACUGGAAUUGAUAAACAAUAUUCAAAAGCAAGAAUUUCCGAAUUUAUGAGUAAAUUGAAACCUGAUCCAAAGCAUGAACAAAUUUAUGGAUCAAAAGUGAUGACCUGUUUUACCAAGCAACAACAUUCACUGACUUGUGGACUCACAAAUCAGCUGUUUGAAUUGAUAACUUGUUUGGCCAUUACUGCAAAGGUUGGAGCCAAGAAGUUUAUCAUUCCAUCCAUUUGUACCGAUGGAAAUUGGGGAUUAUGUUUUUGUGAAGGAAAUGAUCGUUUUUCAAAGUUCUUUGAUUUGGAACGAACCAAAAAAUUGGCCAUGGAGAGAUUUGGAAUUUCUGUGAUGGAAUACGAAGAGAGUGCCGAACUGCUGAAAGAAGCCACUGAAGAAUUAUUCCCUCUUCAAGAUCAAACCUUGGGUCAAAAGUCACUCUCUGAAGCGGUUGACAUUAUUCAUCAAAAAGCCACUGAGAAACCAGGUUAUUUAAAUCAUCCAGUCAUUAAUCUUGGAUAUGUGUGGGGUCGAUGGAGAGGAUUAGAUAUUGAGGAGGACAUGCUUUACGUGUUGUUCUUUGAUUUAUUCUCACCCUCUGCAAUUUCCAGACGAGUUAUGGAAGAUUGGAAAUGGAAAACUGAACUCGACUCGAAAGGACCUCUCAUUGUGAUUCAUAAUCAAAUUUACACUUCCAACCAAAAUCCAAAUAUAUAUCCAGGAUGUCAACGAACUAUGAAUACUGACUUUAUUUCUGUUUAUUUGGGAGAUUUUCAAUUCAAAGAUAAGGAUUAUAGAAUUUUAAUGAUUGGAGCUGGAUUUGAAAUGCAAUCGACAGAGGGUUUAAGACUUACAGAGCUCUCUUCGAAACACAAAGUUCAUGUUUAUCCUCAAUUUGACAUUAUGAGAACGACAGGAAAUCAUCAAUUCCACAACUCCCUGUAUGCAUUUUGGUUAUCCAUCGAAGCAGACUACUUUAUUGCCACCACCUGUGAAAGUCAAUUCUUGUCACAUAUAUUCACCAUAAGAAAAUUUUUAGGAAAGCUCACGUGCUCGAUUGCUGACAUUUCUCAAACGGCCUAUCCAGAUUCGUAUCCUGAGAAAUACCUCAAAGCAGAAAAUAAGGAUCAAGUAGCUUAUCGAUUCCCACACCCUUAUCGUGGCUCUUUCUUUACCAUUGACAAGUGCAAAUUCCCUCUCAAACUCUAA